AGGAUUUGGCAGAAUUAACCAGGCCGGUUAAUAAUCCGCGUCGUCUGCAUGGAAUAAACCACAAACCGUAAACAUAGGUUAAAUUGAGUGUAAGUUUGUAGGCUUAGGCUUGUUCAUAUUUGUACUCAAGUAUCAUAAAGACGAACAGUUAUUUUAUAAAUAAUAACAUAAAGGUAUAAAAUUUUUCAUUCAAUUUAAAAUAAAUCAUAGUAAGUAGUAAAAUAUGUCAAAAAGUGGAGUUGGUGGAAGAGGUAGAGGAUGGUUACAUUUAAAUAAAAAUCAAAAUGCAGCUCCAAACCCGGCACCGAUACAAGUAGCAGAUAACCCAAAAACUAUUCCCGUAAUUGGAGACGAGUCUAAAUUUGCCGACGUAAAUGAAGAUGAAUUCAAAGAUUUGAUCAGUAAAAUUAGGGAAAUUAAAGUUACCGAUGAUGGAAUAAAAUUUAAUCAAAAGAUCAAAUAUAUAUUAGAGAAUUGGAAACAAGAUUGUCAGAACAGUGAAGAAGUAGAGAGAAGCUUUGAUGCACUGUAUCAAGGAUGUUUGAAUGAUGAAGAAUUAGCUUCUAAACUAGUAGUAAUGGUUUCUUCAAGAUCUUUUAUAUCACAAGAAGUUCACGAUCAAAAUAUACGUCUAAUAUUUUUGAAGAAAUUACAAAAUGAUUUUGAAGGGUGUAAAAUUGUGUCCAAGACAAAUCCAACAGCAUUUAGAAACGGAGUGAGAAUGCUAGGAGAGUUUUUUCAUAAAGCUAGAUUAGUAAAUGGUCAACCUUUCACGUUUAUGCUGACUCCAUUAUUAUCUUACCUUGAAAUGUUACUGGAAUCAACACAUGCUCUAGAUCUGCAACAAUUUGCAUUCCAGAUUUUUUUGAAUGGUGCUGCAAUUAAAACAGAAUAUUCUGAUAAGUUAGCUGAACUAUUUAAUAAAGCUAGAAUGUUUCUUACAUCAGAUAAAAAAAUAUCAAAAGAAGGAAAAUUGUGGCUUCUAUUGUCACUGGAAAUAUAUAACAACAAAUUUGGGAUGUUGCCUAUUGAAGUAUUCAAAUUUUAUCAAGAACAACUUGGUGGAUCUGCAAUGGCUGGUUUUCAAGGUACACAGCAUACAUUAAGUGUUCAAACUCCAGAAGAUAACAAAACUUUAGAAAACUACCAGAGUAACGUUAAUGUUCUACAGUUGUCAACCAAACCUGAUGUUACUACAGACCAAAGUAACUCUGCGGUAUCUUACUCUGACACAACAAACUCGAGUGGUUUUAUAUCAGAUUCAUCGAGUCAUAAUAAUUCAUCAAAUUCUAUUCAUCGAGAAAAAUCAAAAACCCAAAAUUCUGGUAGUAGUUCUACAAAAUGUGGUCGGCCCAUAUUAGGAGUGGGAGCGCGAUUGAACAAAAGUAAGUCCAAUGACUCGUCCAAUUGGAGAGAUAGAGACAAUACUACAAAUUCUAGUGGGUGGGGUAAAAAGUCAGGAUGGGGAGAUGGAGAUAAAAACUCAAAGGGCAAAAAGAAAGGAUGGGAACAUGACGACAGAUUCGAAAAUGAUUAUAGUUAAAAUAAUUUAUUUUAUUAUAAGAAAUCGAGAGUGAUUUGUAUUUUUAAAGCUGGUUGAAUAUUUAAUUUUAAUUUUAUUAAAUAACCAUUAUCCAUAACAAUAGUUCCACAGUUAUUUUUUUUUAUUCUUUGAAAUUUUUUUUCCUUUUAUUUUAACUGUAAAACUUCCAGUUUUCUUCCUAAUAUAUUUAAACUUAUUUUUGACUUUCUAAUUUAAUAUUAAAAAAGUAUUCUACGGCUUUAAAAGUAUAUUUUAACAAAACAAUGACAGUUUGUAAUCUUUUGAUAAAAAAGCUAAUGAUUCUAUAACGUAUGUAAUUUAGGUUUGAAUUACAAGUAAGGUAAUUUUGUAUCACACUGUGAAAGACAAAUAUCUCGCAGGUAUGAACAUAAACUGAUAAAUGUCUAUUUAUUCCAUAAUGUUUUUUUCUGCAACUUUGUAGGUAUAUACAAGUGGUCCAGAAUUAUCUAUUGUUAGUGGUACGGGUACUGUUUUAUAUAUACUUUUUAAAUUGAUAAUAAGGCACACACAACCCUUAAAUAAGUUAAUUAAAAACUUUAUCCCUUUAAAUAACUGCCAAAUGAUUCUAAUUAUGUUAUUUAUAUUUUGGGAGUAAUAAUAAAACAUUAUGAUAAUCUAUUUCAGGUCACCACCUACUUCUCCCUUAUAAUUACAUGGUAUUUUUGUAUUUUCUCAAACAAAUUUGGAUGAAAAAAUCCUAAAAUUGAAUUAAUUAGGACAAUAAUCAUUGUUUUAAGAAAUUUCAGCUUUUAACACUUUUUUGGAAGCUUAUUCGAUUCAUGAUGAUGAUUAACGUUUUUUAAAAAAUAUUCACAUUACUGGUCGGUUUUGGAGUAUAUAUAUUAGUUCAGUCCGCGGAGGCAAUUUUUUAUCAAGACAAUAAAUUACAAUCAAAAAGUUUGAUUUCUUUUUUGAUAUGUACUUCAAAGUAUACUAAUUGAUUUAAUAAAACUUUAGAGGUCUAUCGAUUUCCCAAAGUAAAAUAAAAUCGAAAAUCAUUUUGAUUUUCAAAAUUUCCUAUUAUUUCAGUCUGUGAUGAAGAUAGAAGAAAAUAAAAAAUACCACGUCACAAUUCUGGACCAUUUUGUAUAAUUAUAAAAAAUAUAAAAUUAAGUAUAAAAAUUUGUCUGCACAUCUAGAGUUUUUGUAAAUAGUUUUGGUUACCAGGUUGUCUGCUUUUUUUUUUCAAGAAUACAGAGUUUUAGAGACACAAACGUUGGAACGGUUAUGUAAAUAGUGGCAUUCAUCAGUCAAAUUCGAAAUCUGUAGUAUUUGUUUCACUAUAAAAUCUCUCGGAAUUUUUCGAGCUUUUCUGUGAUAUAUUUUUUAUUUGAAUAUUUUUUCAUAACAUUAAUUAUUGGGGUUAUCCGAAAUAUAAUUUGAAAUUUCAUUAAAAUAUUUCAAAUUUUGUUGGUUAUUGUUAUUUUCUAAUUGAAAUGAAUAUGCAUUGACCCUGGUUUCUAUUUUUUUUUUGUAGGAAAAUCAUUUAACAUAAUUUUAGUCUAUUAUAAAACUUUAAAUAGCAAUUAAAAAUUUGCUAAAGUAUAUAUUGUAAAUUGAUGAAAUUUUAGAGAAAUUCUGCUCUCAUUAAUGAAUUCGUGAUAUUUCAGCAUGUAACAUGCCAUUCGGCAUCUGAUUUAUUUUGGUGAAUUUUAAGUACUAAAUGACGUUUGUCCAUUGUUUUUGUACCAUAAAAAAUGCUAUUUUAUAUUGCAAAAUGACUAAAAUCUUGACAUUCAUUCUUCAAAAGAAAUUUUUUUCUUCAGUGGGUACUAUCACACUAUUUUUCGACAAAGUGUAACUGAAAUUUGAGCUUUUAAUUCGAAAAAUUGAAGAAGUUAUAAAUUUUCAAGUAUAACAAGUCAUUUCUCGAAGUUUUUUGCAAAUUAUAUAUUUUUUUUCAAAGAAAAUUGAACAAUUUUUGCAUGGCACAUUAUGUCACAAACGUCCCAGUAUGGAGUCUAUCUCUACUGUAACCAAAUCUUCAUAAUUUGAAUCUUACAGUUUGCUUAACUUGAAUUCAGAAACACUAGAAUUUUGUACAAUUUGAUUAAAAAAAUUUAUAAAAUAAUGUAGAAGAAAAAUAAACAAUGUGUUAUAAAUACACAUGUUCAUGACUUUUGAAUUAUUUUCAACAGUGUAUGUUUUUAGAAGCAUUAUUAUUGAAUACUUCCAGAAUGGAUAAACAUUUUCCUAAAAUUAAGGAAACUGCUUAUAACAUGCCAUUUGGCUUGUUACGUUUUUCUUCAAUAAUUUUGGAUAUUCCUUUGUUCACGUAUUGUGGCAUAGUAGUCACUUCCAAUUUAUUUAUUCUAACAUUCGAGUUUGUGAAGAAAUUAAUUUGUUAUCGACAUUCCACAUCAAUCAAGAAAUUCAAUAAAACCUUGAAAUUGAUUCGAAAUCCACCUCUACCUAUCUACACUCCAGUUCAAAUAAACCAAUGUUUGACGCCAUUUCCUAAUCUCACUUCUCCGGCAGGAGACCCUUCCUCAGGAACUAGUAUUCGGUCUCAGUGAAAGUACCUAUAUAAAUAACUGAUACUCAGAUGGGGUGAAUAUUUAAUAUUAAAUUGGACGCCUCCAGCUUUUUAACAAAUAAAAAUUAUUGCUGGAAACAAUAAAAAAAGUUUCAAAAACAAAUAAAUUUAUUGAAGAAAAAAAAUAAUUUCGCAUUAACUGCGUACUCAAGCAGUUAUAAAUUAAAAACAACACAGAUUUAUCUAACAAUAAAGAUAAGACUGGGACUUAUCUAUGGAAAUCCGGGAAGGUUGCAGCCCUCAACUGAAUUCCCAGUUGUUGAAGUUGUAUUUGUUGUUUGUGAUGGUGUACCAGUUGAAUUCCGUCUGGAUCAAACUCCAAUCUGUAGAACAUCGAAUAUAAAGAAUUAUAUCACCACAAAUUUACAAAAUUUACUUUAAUUCGAACUGGAGUGUAGAUAGGUAGAGAUCAAUUUCGAGGUUUUAUUGAAUUUCUCGAAUGAAAUGGGAGGUCGAUAACAAAUUAAUUUUUCACAAACUCGAAUGUUAGAAUAAAUAAAUCAGUGACUACUGCGCCACAAUGCGCGAAUAAAGGAAUAUUGAAAAUGUUUGAAGAAAAAAUAACAAGCCGAAUGGCAUGUUAUAAGCAGUUUCCUUAAUUUUAGGAAAAUGUUUAUCCAUUCUGGAAGUAUUCAAUAAUAAUGCUUCUAAAAUCAUAUACUGUUAAAAAUAAGUAUCUGAUUAAAAAAAUAAACUGACUACAUGCUAGGAUAUUGAACAUGUAUAUUUAUACCACAUGUUUUGAUUUUCUUUUUCCUUAUUUUAUAGAUUUUUUAAAUCAAAUUUCACAUACAAAAUUCAAGUGGUUCUGAAUUCAAGUAUAUGUUGAACAAACUGUAAGAUUUCAAAUUAUGAAGGUAAAAUAGUUGGUUACAGUAGAGAUAGGUCUUUAAGGAUCGCUUGAUUAAAUUUGAGUAAAUACAAUGGGAAUUAUCACUGAUGGAAUUUCUGGAUGGAUUUCUGAUUUACAAUUAUCUUAAUGCAUAGCAAAAUUAAAACAUAAAAAAUAUAGCAUGAAUAUUUUACAGAUUUUGAAAUUCAACCCUUAGCUGCCACACUUCUGUCGCCAACCGUAGCUUCCAUACUGGGACGUUUGUGACCCUAACCACAUAAUCGUCUAUUCUGAGAAAACUAAGCUGUAGUAUUUGGAUCUAAAUUUUCGUCUUCUUUUUUACUAUCUUUUUGGUGACCAAAAUUAAUAGAUUAAAUUGUCUCAUUGUUUUAUUCUACCUAUUGAUCUAAAUCUAAGAUCAUACUGUUUCACACUUUUACUAGUAUCAAGGGUAUUUCCAAUUCUUCUAAACACUCCCAUAAUUUCUUUAUCUCAAUUCUUGUCCUUAUUGGAUUUUUAUUUCUAUUUUUCUUCUGCGUACAUGUAUACAUAUUUUUUCGAUCUUCCUUCCAAAACUAUCAAAGUUUUUGGCAGCACAGCGACAAGUUCCAAUGAAGGUUCUUUUUUGUGUCAAUAUUGAUUUUUUUUUCAAAUUAUUCCAAAAAUUUGAUCUUAUUAGUGAUAUUAAGAGAGAAGCGUCAAAUAUCCGUUAUGAUGUAGCCUUAAUUAACAAUACAGUUAAAUAUUUAUGAAAAAGAAAAAGCAGAAUUUCUAGAAUACUUACAAAUUGGUCUUUUUGUGACUAACAUUAUUUAUUUAUCUAACAAAUUCUGUUUUGCAGUGUAGUUUUGUAUUAUCAGAUCUGGUACAUAGUCUUUUUUUUGGUAUCUGAUGUUUACAUCUUUUAGUUAACUCAGACAAAAAAUUCUUUAUUUAAUAUUUGAAUAUUUUUACUAUUACUUUUUACUUCUAUUACUUUGAAAUAUAUCUGUCAAUAUUCACAAAUAGUCCGAGAGCCAGGUGAAAAUUUGGUUAAUUAUUUCUUCUCGAUAGAUAAUUGGUGAUAUGCAUCAGACAAUGGUAUCAUAAAGCCUUAUGACCGUCAGCUGCGGCGCAGUGGGGGGAUGAGCGGUUGUAACCUCCCACGCUUGAAGAAAAAAAAAUACAUUCACUCAUUUCCUCUCGGCUAAAAAUUUAUCAAGUUAUAGCUAACCCAAUAUCUCAACAAAAAAAAACCAGCUGGCUAUAACAUAGUGUAUUGUUCGCCAGCUGAUGUCUCGAUCAUGGAAAAAAAAUCUUCAGUUUCAGUGAUGUCCUCUCAAAUAAAAAUUUACCUGAUGAUAGCUUAUAUGUAACUAUUGAUAAAUAUAUACGUCAGCUGGCUGUAUCUAGGUGGAAAAAUCGUCAGCUGAUACUUUGAAGGUAGUUACAUAGAAGUUAGCCAGAAGCAUUUACUGACUAUUUAAAGGCAUCAGCUGACCAGGUUUCCCUCGAGUUACUGCUAGCUGAUUUUUUUUAUUUAUCACAUAAGUAUAUUCAAAAUCAGCUCACAAAUUUUCAUGCGGGAGGAAAUGACGUCUCUUUAAUUAUUCGGCAUAGCACUCCAAUAUGAGUGUUGAGGUGAAACAAUUAUUUCGUAUCAAUAUUUUUUAAACUUAUAUGUAUAUAAUCAAAUAAUUUUAAAUAUAUUCCAAUAUUUAAAUAAUCAAUUUGCUUAAUAUAAAUUAACUAGUUACUUGAUAAAAAUAUUUAUUAUAAAAAAAUUAUGAAAAAUUACAAUAAGAAUGAAAAUGUUAUUUAAUCAUUUUCGCUUUGGCUUGAGUCAUAACCAUCUCUCUCUGAUCCAUUGUCCGAGUCGCUGUCAGAGCUGUCUGCUCUAAUAUUUUCAUCGUCAUCAUCUGUACAAAAAAAAAUUUGAAUGCGUAUUUUACCAUAAAAUCAUUAAUUUGAUAAUAAAAUGUUAUCUUUUUCGGGCUGGAUAGUUAUUUCAUCAAUCGAUGUUGGCAACUGACUUCCAAAGAACCAGGUGAAAUUAUAUUUAUUGUCGAUUUCUUCCCAACCAUAGUCUUCCGGAUCAUCAGAAGUUGGAACCUUCAAGUGUGCAUUUGACCAAAUUUGAGCAAUGUAACAUGCUCUAAAAUUACUGAUAUAGCUCUGAUUUGCAAAGUGGUAGAGAAGAGCCAUCAAUACCUUUUUUUGGUAACUUGAAUGUCUCAGUAUCCAAGAAAUUAUAUGUUUUUUCAAACAAUGCUACUCUUGCCUCAUUGACUUGUUUCAGACGAUUUGAGGCGUGGCAUCGCAAAACUCACUAUAUCCAUUUUUGUAAUAUUUUCAGAAUUCACGAAAAACUGUUAUCUGGGUUAAUCAGCAACAAAUAAGUAAUUACUUUUUUCCAAACCCAUCCAUCACAUCUAAAUAGCGAUUCUGACAAGAAAAUUUAAACAGGGUCGCUGAAUUUUUUUAAUUAUAGCACUUCAAAGUUCGGAAAAAGUGAGUUUUGCAGCGAAACUGUGGAUAUAGAUAUUUUUGCACCGUCAUUAGAUGGAUAUAGCAAUUUUUGCACUAACACAACUGAAAAUGUAUUAAUGCAAAAAUGUAACACAUGAUUGUUAAAUUUGAAGGGAAAAUAUAUAAAUAAAUAAGUCAUCGAACAAAGUUAAGUUUAUUGAACAAAAGAAUUUUUUUUUAAAUAAUUUUUACAGUAUAAAAGCACUUAAAAAAUACAAGCAGAAUAAAAAUUGAUAAAUUUGAUUAUUGAUAAAAGUUCUAAACUCUUACUGCAUGAUCCUCCUCAUGACCUUCACAUUCACACUCAUCUUCAAGUCCUAAAUUGUCAGAAAUUAUUGCAUGAUCAACAACGGUUUUAUAAAAAUUGCAUUCUUCUAAAUCGCGCCACUCAUUUCCAAAGUGCUUGGUUAAUAAUUGUCGAAUAUCAUUGAUCUUGGCUGAUUUCACAGGAUUUCCUUGUGGGAUUACUACAGGUAGUUUAAGUUUUGAUAGGUUGAUACCCUUCUUAGAAACACUCUUGAAUUGGCCUACAUCUGAAUUGAAGAAAGACUCUCCAGCUAUUAAUAUAUUAUUUCGGGAAGAUUUCUUGAAUAAAAAGCGUUUUGCUUCAUUAAAUUGGAAAUGCCAACUAGCAGGCCUCUUGAAGUAAGCAGCAUUGAAACUUUUCCAGUCAUAUACUUCAACUUCUUCUCCCAGUUUGAAAACUGUGCAAUGUUCAGAAAAAAUUGAGUAGUACUCAGACACCGGGAGACAUCUGAGUUUUUUUUCUAUUAAAGCGAAGACUCUAUCGGGUGGUAAAAAAGAGUGUCCUGUAAUAGGAAACACCAGUUCAAUCGACUUAAUGUUGAUUGGAGACGCAUUGCAAAAAAAAUGUUAACAUAGCUGUCAUUAUCGAAUUUCGGUUCUGUCCUCCACAUCCAUCAGCACAAAGCCUUAUCCUUGAAUAGGAAGUCAAGUCUAAAUAUGUCAGAAAGUGAAAAACUGCCGAUGCGAUUUCGUUUGAACUUUUCCUGUGUUCAUGUUCCAUCCAAGUGUAGCAAAAUAUGUUGCCCGGUGUCACGGGGCCUUUGGAAGAUCCCGUCACAAUGGUGAAAUUGUAAAUAUACAAUUGUCUGCUGUAAUAUGCACUUUGGUCUUGAAUUUUUGGUAAAACCAAAUUUUUUUGACAGUCAAAGGACAUAAUAAGUAGGUAGCUUUGUUCGCCUUUUAGCUUCUUAUAAAAAGCUUUGUGAACAGCAUGCUCGAUAAUCAAUUUAUUUGUUUCUUGAACAUCACGUCCCCUCUUUAUUUUCCCUUUGAUGCAUUCAAUGCAUUUGGAACAUGCAUCAGUUAUUGGUGAACCGAACCCUAUGUUGUAUUCCUGCUCAAAAAUUUUUCUGAAAAACGUUCUCUUGGCUUUCAGUUCAUCAGGCUGCUGAUUAUUGUACAUACGCCAAAGCUUGAGCAAAUUUAGGUCUCCUGAUACGUAAUACCUUUGGAUCGAUUUACCACGAGAGUAAUGAUUUUCGACACAAGUUAGUUUUUCAAGAAAAGCCUUAACUGCUGCUCUUUUUCUUAGAUAGACCUCCUUUAAUCUAGGUCCUCCUCUCCGCUCUACCGGUAAAGUUGCAGACAGUAAAAAUUUUUUUGAGAGGAGUUUGACUCGAAACGGUGAAAUUUGUAAAAUUUUGACAAACGUAGCUUGACAAACACGAAUCAGAAAUUUUUGAGUUCCAGCUUUUCUAACACCGUUUUCGAUGAAACGUUUUUUUUUACAGGCCGGGAUCGUUUUAUAGGAAAAGAUUGAAUAUAUUUCAAUAUAAAAGUAUCCUGCUGGAUUUUGUCUUUAUGGGCGUAAAACUGUUGGUGAAAUUCUUUGAUGUCGUUCAUCGUCAAAGUCAUGCACUUGAAUGUUGACGUCUUUUUCUUUUUGGUUAAACGAUGACCACAUGUAGGAAAAUCAGGUAGACUUUUUGGAGUAUGCCUAAAACAAUGAAAAUAACAAAUCUUGAGAAUAACUGUGAAGAAACAAUAUUAUCAUAAUUAUGUUAUACACUGUGAUUACCCCUGUCUUACCUCUCAGCUUUUUGAAGAGAUCGUUUCCAUUUUGAAGGGUCUUUUGGCGAUUUUCUUGAUUUUUUUGGUGCAGCAGGGGUCACACACAUUUCCAUGACUUAAAAAUUAAUAAUAUGAACGCUUCAAUUAUUAAAAACGAUUAAAUUAAAAGAACUUUCCAACUUUGCUUUUAAAAUAACAGACUAAGAAAACAACAGGUUGCUACAUAAUAACCUUCUCAUUGACAUUGCAAAACUAUCAUUAUCCACAACGGUAGAGAGUUCGCUGCCGUCACUGUAAUCUUUUUGAGCGAUCUCAUUGGCUCAGUGGAUAUAGUUAGUACUGCAGCGUUAAUGCAGUAAAAUAUCAUGAGUUUUGGAGUGACACCCAUUUUUAUCGUCUGAAUUUAAUAGGGAUAAAAUCAUUUUUGCAACGACAACACACUGCAGUUUUUGUGAGGAACAUGCAUAGAUUCAAAUUCCACCGUUACCUUGAUAUUGGAAAAAUAUGGAUAUAGUGAGUUUUGCAAUGCCACGCCUCAUUUAAUCCAUACAUAUGGCAAACAAACUCUUCUAUUUUCUCAAAAAUAUUGUCUCUAUCCUCUAAUGAUUUUGACAUUUGGAUGAAACACUUGAUGAAAUUAUUCGAUUUAGCCAUUAUUGAAAACGGUCGUUUUUUUCCUUUUCGAAAAAAGGCCGGGUUAAAAUCACACCCUGUGAAUGCGUGAAAUGCCGGAAGUGCUGCGCUCAAAUCAGAUCCUAAAGAUUCAUAUAAUUGAGUAACGUUAAUAAAUCUUUGGGCUUUUCCAACUCCAACUUCCAUGCAAAUGUGGAUAUUUUCUGAUAUAUUAGCCAUGUUAGCUAACAUAAUUAUUAACACGUCAACGAAUCCGCUUCUUCGUGAGCCGGGCACGAAAAUUCUUCAACACGAGUUUUUAUAACUUUUGAGUUAUCAACUAUGAAUCUAAAACAAGUGUCUGCACUCACAUAAACAGUUUUAUCCUUUAUAUACGGCCACAUAUAAUCUUCUUCCCAAUUUUCAAUAAGAAACUGUACUAGUGCUUCCUUAAAAUUUACGUUCUUCAGUUCAAGAGAAAAAUCUUUUUUUCGCACUUGGUCAGGGCCUUCGAUAUGGAAGUUUGCUUGCUCCAUGCCUCGUAGUUUGUGUUCUGUAUCUUUUAUUGUUGGAAAAAUGUAUCUAUGAAAGACAAUGUAUAUUAUCUUAGCUGUGGUUGCACAUAUCAUUUGCAGUACUUUUUUUGAAAUCUUUCCAAAGCUAAGAGGUACAUCUUUCAUCUGAUGUAACAUAAAAUACCCGUCAUACACUAUAACAUCUGUAUUUUCUGGUGGCUCAGAAUGUUCAUACUUUUCUAAUAGAGCCAUUAAUGCGGAUUUUUGUGUUUUACAUAUAGUGCCAUCAAGGUGGAAGAUAGACAGUGGUAUCGGUGUUAAAUGAUACGUGAGAACUUUAUCUAAAUCAAGUUCCUUUUUUAAAGAGAUUUGAAGUAAUUGUCCAAAUAAAUCACGUUGCAUUCGCAGCUCCACGAUUCCUCGAGCAACUGUAACUUUUUUUUUCUUCAUCAUAUCUACGAAAGUAUGACAUUUUACCCUAGAAAUAGCCUUCUCAAAUUGGUUUGGGUCAUUUACACAACUGAGAAUAUAAUUUUCUCGUUUUGUAUUACCUUCCUUUUCAACAUUGAGCAAGAAAUUUUCAAUAUGCUGAGGUGCUCCUUCUCCAGUAGAAAUGUUAUAUAACUCUUGUUUAUUUAAAUUUUCAUCAAACGGAUUAAUAUUAUGCUUAAUGCCAUCAAUGAAUCCAUGAAGAUGUUCUGUAUUUUUUUUUAUUCGACUAUUUUUCAGAUCGGCGGUCACGUCUUGUACUUUACUAAGUCCAGAUUCAUUCAUUGUAUGACUGAUGAUAGUUGAACGAAUAGUAUGACUGCGACACCAUCGUUGCCUAGCUGAGAUUGAAUUAGUUAUAUGCGAAAUUCCCGUCAGCUUAUUCGCAGCAUCAGCGUUAAUUGUUUGCUCAAGAGUCAGAUCAAUUGGUUGCUUUGAGUAAGAUUUUUUUGUCCGUUUUAUACCGAAUGAUCCUUUUUCAAAGUUUUCGCGUAAUCCUGGAUGAGCCUCGUCAACUUUUAUUAAGUUAUCAAGAUACUUAACUAAACAACGGGCAUAAUUUGGCUGAUUGAAAACGAAAAACAAAUUAACUAUUUUCAGUAAGGCUAGUUUAUAGAUUUCGAAAUUACUGGAACGGAUGCUUGUAUUGAGUAAUAAAUAAUAAUCAAUGAAUCUUACAUACAUCAUGUAAUACUGCGCUGUCUUGCCGUGCGUGCCUUCCAAAGUAUGUAUUUUAAAUUGCUCAUAUCUUUCAAGUAGUUCCGUUAAUCCGGUUAAUUGUAUUGUCGGUUCAACCGUUCUUAUUUUUAAAAACUGGACUAAAUAGUUUUUGAAUUCAUCAGGUACAUUUAUUUUUUCAUGUUGAAGGAAGCUUUCAAAAUGCAACAUUUUCAAUGCUAAUGCAAUCAUUGGAUGUAAGCGUUUACAUCUAUUAAAAUGUUUGCCACUAAUAAAACCAUUAACUGAUCCAUUGGCGAGUAAUUCUUCAUUUACCAUGAUAUUUGUGAGACCAACAAACAAUUUGCUUGGGAGAAGGGUCUUCAUGUAAUAAACCAACCCACAUCGGUAUGCCGGUCAAAUUUAAAUAGUGUGAAAGAACCCAUGCAAAAUCGAUAUGCGUUACUGAUUGAAGAUUGACAGUAUUUAGUUCCGAUAAUGCAUCAGGUGGUAGCAUACACUCAAUAAGUCUUGGUUUUUUGGUAAAUUUCGUAGAUUCACGAGUGAUAAUAUCAAAACUACGCCUAUGUUUACGACUUCGCACUGUGCCAACAUUUUCCGCAUCGGUAUUUGACUGCAAACUAUCGUUCUCAACUGCUUCUUCUACGUUGACAGAACUCUCAAAAUUUGACUGUACAUUUUCGUUAACUACUUCUUCAUUGAUGGUCAAACUGUCAAUUUGAAAAUUUAGCUGAACUUCGGAAAGUUCACAAGAAGUUAAUGUUGCCUCAGUUUCAAGACCUUCCAAUGUACUAUAGCUACAACAAUGACCGUACCGAUUUACAAUAUCGACAAUUUUUCUGCUACUUGUUAAGCUCUUUAAUGUCAAGCCUAAGCAAAUAUGUUUCGAUAACUUAUUCCGGCCAUUAAAAACGGCAUAAAUCAAAUCUUUGGAAAAUGAUUUAGCUAGCAUUUUAGUUCUCUCAUUUUGUCUUCGUCGGUAAUUAUCAUCAGAAAUUAUAAAAAUAUAUAAAAAUUCAUCAAAAUUUCAGGUACUUCGCAUUCGCCGUCUAUUAAAUCUUUUGUUUUUAUUUGAUCUGGUAAUUUUUGUGGCUGAAUUUUACGCAUUUCUUCGUUUAAAAUACAUGCAGCUGUAUCUAAAAUAUUAAGUUUUUCGAUUUCAUUUUGAAUCAUGACACCUUUGAAAGGUUGUACUAAACUUUGACCAUUAAAAGAGAUUACGUUAAUUUUUUUUAAAAAUUUUUUUAAUAAUCUAUCUUUUAAGUGGUAUGGUUUGUAAGUGUAAUUGGACACGUCUUCCUUAUUUUUUUAAGUGUUCAACGAACAUAUCAUUUAAAAACUUAAAAAAAAGACUGUUCUUGAUUAAUAAUAUUCUCAAUGACAAACUUUUCGACGACAUCGUAAGCUUCUGCACGGAUGUUUCUUGUAGAAUGCCACUCGAUUUUUCUUUUCCUUGUUGAAGUAUUGAUUCUCGCGAAGUAAUAUAAUUACUUUUACAGUAUUUAUGGAAAAAUAACUCUUGAUUUGGCCGUAAAUUUUGAAGCUUUUCGAUCAUAUCCAUAUCGUUGCUCUCAAUUGUCAAAUUUUUGAUGGAAUCAAGCCAAUUCGUAAAAACUGAUAGUUUUUCUUCACGGCCUUUAAUUUUUUUCCGGGAUUUUCCGCAAAAAAAAACAUGCAAGGACUUUUAUCUACAGAGUUAUCUGUACUUACAUUUUCAUGGAUAUUUUCAGGAACUAUUUCGGGUUCAGCAGCAAAGCCUACGUCAUCAGUAACAGGUAGAUCCAAGUUAACCUCACUUGGGUCGACGUUCUCACCAGGUAAAGCAUUGCAGGUAUCGGUGAUUCCACUUGUCCCUGCCAGUGAAUUUACAUUUUCAUGUUGUCUAAAAAAUAAUAAUAAUCAUUAUUAUUAUGAUAAUAAUCAUCAUUAAUAAUUACAAUAACUACAAUAAUAAUAUUUUCAAAUUUUAAAGUAUAGUAAUGUUAUACACUAGGCACGUAAUAUCCUACUAAAUAAUGUACAGAGUAUUGUAUGAUGAUUAUAAAAAUCGUAGCCUAAAAAAUAAAAGGAAAAAAAAAUUAAUUUAGAUACAUACUGUAAUCUCGCAGUAGAUGUGUCUUCUGGUGUUAUUUUGCGAUACUUUGGGGGAAAAGCCGUAAAGCGUCUAUAACACUCACUGUGGUACAGCUGAAAAUUGUUUUUUUCUGUAGGAAGUACAGCCUCGUGUCCACUUAGUUUAUUAUUUUUUCGAACACUCAAUAUAGCACUGCACUUAAUGAGUUUUUCUUCACUGAACGAUUUUAAAUUGGAAAUAGAUUUUGUUUUUUUACAAAAAACGCAAAAUGGCGUUACAUUAGACAUUUUUAUGGUUUUCACAAUAAUGUUUCUAGAAUAUUCUUUUCGUCUGACUACGAUUGCUCGUCUAUUCUAAACGUACAUUAGUCCCCUUCUUUUUUACUUCUAAAAACGUACGAGCAUGCGUACAACUAACCCCCUCCAAGCGUACCUUAAUAUUGUCUAUGCAAUGCUGGCGUGUGUUGUUUGAAUCUUUAAAAA